AGCCGGCGGUGGGCGAGAAAAGGACGAGGGCUCGCUCUUGUGUCUCUGCGGGGCAGCUGCUCCGCGCGGGGACCAGCCGGGCUCCCUCGCGGCCGGAGAGAGGGCAAGCCCGGAGGGAGGGCCACGUGGGGCCGCCGGAGGAGGUGGGUGGGGUGGGGGAUGCAGCAUGGCCGCGGUGGCGCUGCCCGAGUCGGUUUCCAGUAGCCAUGGCGGCGGCGUGGGGAGCCUGGAAGGCGGUGCGGGCACCGGGGGCGCCAGCAGCAACAGCAGCCGGCAUGAGAAGAGCCUGGGGCUGCUCACCACCAAGUUCGUGUCCCUCCUGCAGGAGGCCAAGGACGGCGUGCUCGACCUGAAAGCGGUGAGGGGGAGAUGGGGGGCUUCGGUCCAGGCGCUGCGGGUGGGAUCCGGGCGCUGAGGGAGGGGCGUGCGUGUGCGUGUGCGUGAGAGAGACACACACAACGUGGGGUGCGAUGGCCCUUGAGGGAUCCAGCGGGAGGAUCUCUGGACUGGGAUCUGGUGAGGGGGAAAGUUCCAUGUUGGGAGUAGGCACCUUUUUAAUAACUCACCCCUUUUCUGCAGGCUUUGGCGUAUUUGCUUUUGCUUUUGCCCCUAGGUGGGUUUAGCGGUUUAGAGCUCGGUUGCUUCAAAUUGAUGCUCUGUGUUUCCUCCUAGUUGCCAGCGCCUGAACACGCUUCUCGGUUGCCCCAACCUAGAACUAUAAAGUUGGAAGAGACCACGAGGGUCAUCUAGUCCAACCCCCUGCAAUGCAGGAGCUUUUUGCCAACGUGGGUCUCGAUUCCCUGACCCUCCGAUUAAGAGUCUACUUCUCUAAAGGAGCUGUGGGCAGUAGGAGUAGCCCCUGCUCUUUUCUCCCACAGACAAAGGUGCACAAUAAGUUUUUUUGUGGCUGAGUACGGAUUUGAACUCUAGUCUAAGUCCAGUCCUGAAAACCGCUGCACUUGCUCAUCCUAUAGCUUGCCCCUUAAAAACUUGUAUUUGCCCAAUAUGUGCUCUUUAUCCCAUUGUGCACAGAAGCCUACUUAUGUCGAGACAAGCUGGUGGAAAUGUUGGGGACAUGACCCUUCCUGCGUUCUUGAAACAUGUGGAGGGAAGCUUUUAAUGUUUAAUAGAAUAUUUUAUUUUAAUAUUUUGUUGGAAGCUGCCCAGAGUGGCUGGCGAGACCCAGCCAGAUGUGCGGGGUAUAAAUAAUAAUAAUAAUAAUAAUAAUAAUAACAACAGCAACUCUGUAUAGAGCACCCUUUCCCCUUUAUAUAUCCUGGGGAAGGUUUUAAGUAGAAGCGUGUGUAACUUCUGAACUCUUAUAGCCUAUCUGGAUUGGAGAGACGUAUGGCUGGUGGGGCUUUUUAGAAGGAGUUGGAUUCAUUGAGCUUGUUUUUUAGGGUGAGUAGGAGAAACGGAGGUGUAGCUCAGCAGUAGAGUUCAUUGGUACAGUGGUACCUCGAGUUACAUACACUUCAGGUUACAGACUCCGCUAACCCAGAAAUAGUACCUCGGGUUAAGAACUUUGCUUCAGGAUGAGAACAGAAAUUGUGCUCUGGUGGCGCAGCAGCAGCAGGAGGCCCCAUUAGCUAAAGUGGUGCUUUAAGAACAGUUUCAGGUUAAGAACGGACCUCCGGAACGAAUUAAGUACUUAACCCGAGGUACCACUGUAUUACAUAUUGAGGAACAAUCAAUACCAGAAGAGCUAUAGAGUGAAUCCCUUGGAGAAGUUUGGCUUGAAUCCUGCUUUCUUCUAUAAUCUAAGUGGGGAACUUGCAGAAUCUUAUGUGAAGUGGGUAGUCCUAACUAUGGCAAGCCACUGUAAUUUACACUGGCUUAAGUUAGGCGAACAUAAAGUUGUGCCAGAUCCAACCCCGUUCGAGAGCCCGGCUACUGCCACCUGAGCUGGCCCAAGCCUGCCAGAGGGAAAACAAAAUAGAUUUUGACUCACACCACCCAUUUUGUCAGUGUAAGUUCCGCCAGGUUGCCAAGUCACGUGACUGAGCUGAACAGUGUUAGGAUCCAGUUUAAGUAUCCUCUGGCCGAUCCCACCACCAGGAAGCCGGUUCUGGUGGACUUGCAUUGGCUAAGCCACGUUGAGCAAGUUACCCCAGGUAUAGGGCAGUGUACAAAUUUAAUCAUUAAUAAUAACAAUAAUUGUGGCAAAAAAUGAAGCACUUUUUUUGGAGAGAGAUUUUGAGGGGUUUUAAUUGAACCGCUUAUAGGGGAAUUGUAAUCAACUGGCACCAGGCCUGGAAUUGGACACGGGUUCAAAUUCCUAUUCAGUUCUCCAUUCCAUUGACGGCCCAUGGCAAACUGCCACCUAUUUCUGUGAGGAUAACAAUGAUCUCUUUCCCAGAACUGUUGAGCAAAUAUACAAGGCAAAGAUUGUAAAACAUUUAAAACUGCUAUUAAACUAUUAGCAACCUCCGCCGAGGUGAGUUGCAAUAAAUUGUGUAGUUGCUCCAGAGUUCUGGUAAACUUGCUACUCCUUAUUUUAUUUGUCCCCUAUAACAAAAGGUCUGUAAUCCACUUAAUUAAAAACAGAUUCAGGUUCAACAAUAACCCCCGCCCCUAUACACAUACAGAAACAGCAAUAUGUAAACUUAUGCAGGCUUGCCCAGAAAUAAGCUCCAGCUAGUUCUUUUAAGCUUGUGUUCAAGUAAACUUGCCUGGGAUCAACCUACCAGAAUAAUUUUGCUAGCGAAGUAGAUUGGUUCUUUGCUCUUGCACUACAUAAUGAAGGUUAUUUUCAGUAAUUCAGCUGACAUUUGUAUUCAGCUGGGUAAAGUAAACACAACUAUAAUUAUACUCCAACAAGACUUCCGGGGUGGCGCCAUCGGUAAUGGCGGACUCCCUCUGAUCUGGAGGGACCAGCUCCACGGGAAAUGGGUCUUUUCCGCUACGGCGAAGCGGGGACCCUUUCAAAAAUCACAGGCGGAUGAAGCCUGUGACCAUGGGACUCGGCGGGCACCUUUAGCGCCUCCCCAACCCGCAAAGGAACCCACUAACGGGCUCCGGAGCGGAGAGGGGGAAGUGGCGCGGUGCUGAGAGUCAAUUGCUUCUUCCGUGGAGCGAAGCCGCACAGCCGUUGCCGGAGAGCGCUGCCUUUUUUCCUGGGACAAUUUGGCUUUUAAAACAAUCACCCGUGAGUACUUAAAUUUCGGACAAUUGGACUCUAAAUAAGGAUUUGCGAGUAGAAAGGAAAAUUGGACUUAAAGGUUUACUUCAAUUUGGCACUGAAACGGGAAGGUCUAAACAGGAAGUCAGCCUUCCGUUUCUUGUAGAUAGAUUAAAGCAAAGACAUGGCAGACUAGAGUUCAGAAAAUCGCUUGUAAAGGAUUAAAUUUCAUCAUUUAAAAUUGUUCAACCCCCUUCGGAAGCAGGAGAAGAGGGUGUUUUUUUCCCCGGACUGUUUAAACCUGCAGAAGUGAGAGUAAAGCAAAGUAAUUUUCCACCGUCUUGAUCCUGGAGCGGGGUGUCAGGACUGACGUUUUUUGAAGCUCAUUGACCAGAGACAAACGUUUUUGACAGAUAGCUAAAAGAAGAGAAACAUAGUGAUUCCAUUGUUCCCUUUCGCACUUUAAAGGAACAAAUAUUGACAAAAUAUCUGAAAAAGGAAACCUUGUUGUUAGAUUUGUCUUUAAAAGAAAAGAACAAAUAGAAGUUUUUCCCCUAGAGGGAGCCUGUGAAACUGUAACCAAUUCUGAAUCGGGGAGCUUGCAGCUGCUACAGAUUACGAUCGUGGGAAUAGACCUCUGACCUUGCAGGACAAUGUAUUCAGAAGCUCUGCUGUGUGCUUUCUGUAAAACAAGUGCCCUACUGGAACAGCUACAUGAGAAGACGGACUUGAUGACUGCUGCGAUCAGAAAUUUUGGACAGGCAGUGGGAAAUUAUAUAGAGCCCACCCAGGAAUCAAAUCAGGAGUGUGCCCUGACAGAACAGAUGAGGGAAGAGGAUGUUGCUGAAUCUUGGGCGCCAGAGAUGGAGGGAGCUGUGGCCCAGCAGGAACAUGAGUUCUUGGAUUUGACAAAUGAACUUGGUAAAGCCAGAUUUGGAAAGAUAAAGUUUGGUUUGGUUUGGAAAUGGGGGGUUGGAUAGACCCCCCUAUGCAGGGAUGUUUGGACUUUUCAAGUCUGGCAAUGGGCCGUGAGAUGCUUGGGGUUGUGGGGGCUCUUAAUUUUGGAGGGACUUUGAAACAUGUUCUUAAAUACCACAUGGAGUUUAGUGUGGACUAUGGAAAAGGGGCUGAUUUGUCGAGAAGGGUCAAAAACAUUGUCAAGCUGGAGUUCCCACGAGUGAAAGGAGCAGACAAAGGAAAAUACAGCUAUAAAUAUGAAGAAGAGCCGCGGAAGGGACAUGGAAGGGACUCAAGGGCCUCGGACAUAAGAUUACCAGGUUAAUGCGCUAGAUUGAUGGGAUAGAAAGGACUGACAAAACCUGGGACCAGGAGGAAGAGAUGCUGGAUGAAGAUUGGAUUGUUUUUCAUUUUUUUAUUAGGACUGUUUUAUAAAAUUGAUGAAUGUUAGAAAAAUGUUGGAACGAAAUUAUUUGGCUUUAGCAAAAAUGUUUAAAGAAUUAUGUAAGAAUAUUAUGGUUAUGAGAAAUUGGUAAAAAUAAGAUCUAAGUUUUAAGCUUUAAGGUUUUUUAUAGUAAGAUAAGAUUAAAAUAGAUUAAGGUAAUGUAAUGACAGAAUAUUAUGAAAUAUGGAAAGGAUUUGCUGCGACAAUUAACAACUAGGAUACAAAAAAAGGGAGGAGGAGGAGGUCAAAGAAAGAAGGUAAUGACAGUUAAGGAUUUAAGAAUGUUGGAUUUGUUUUUAAAUGUUUGUGGUAUAUUUUUGUUUUUUGAUCGUGUUGUGCUAUUUUUUGAUUUUGAUUUCUAUUAAUUUGUAUUGUUUGAUUGUGGUUUGUUUUUUCUUGGUUUUUUCUCUCUCUUUUUCUUUUUUGUUUUCUUUUGUAAUUCUAAAAUUUUCAAUAAAUAUCAUUUAAAAAAAUAAUAAUAAUAAUUAUACUCCAACAAAGGGCAGAUUCAUACACUUGCCCAAAUAAAGUCCCUUUUUUCGUGACAGAAUAGCAUGCGUGUUCACCUUCUUCCAUCGAUCACUCAGCAUAAAGGGCAUGUAACAUGAGCGCUCCUUAUAUUUACCUAAAGGGAUGGAUCUAGUCUAAGUUAGAUGUACUGAAGAUUUCAGUGGGAUUUAAAUUUAGCUAACUUCAUUGGAGCCAAUGGAAUGUACAUGCCUUCCCCUUUAAAAAGGGGGAUAGGGGGAGGGAUAUCUUAUGUAGGGGUUUACAUGUGUGCAAGAUGAGGGGAGCUUGUGCAUCCACUCCACCUUGGGGAAAUAAAUGAUCUUUGAGUGUACAAACUAGGUCUUAGGUGCACAUUGCCACAUUAAGAUUCCAUCUUCCCUCCAAUUAAAGCAGGAAUGAGGAAUGUUUUUCAACCCAAGAGCUGAAGUUCCUUAUGGGGAACAUUGCAAAAAGGCUUGUAUCAGAAGUGGAUGGACCAGAGGCAAAAGUGGGAAGUGCAAUAAAUGUAACUCUUAGCUUUGUACAGUAGGUUUCAUUCCAACUAUGCAAAAGUCUGGUUUCUCUGCACACAUCCCUCCAGCGGAGCUGGACUAAUGGAAAGCGGAAUGUUAAUUUUGUGGUUAGGAUUGUGUCUUUAGUGUUGAAUGAUCAAAUAUAAGCAUGAAUUUGGAGAGGAAGCCCUUAAUUGGUGGUUAGGGGACGCAGGUAGCAUUGUGGUCUAAACCACUGAGCCUCUUGGGCUUGCCGAUCAGAAGGUCGGCGGUUUGAAUCCAUGCGACAGUGGUGAGCUCCCAUUGCUCUGUCCCAGCUUCUGCCAACCUAGCAGUUUGAAAGCACACCAGUGCAAGUCGAUAAAUAGGUGCCGCUGCAGCGGGAAGGUAAACGGCGUUUCCGUGCGCUCUGGUACUCAGCACAAUGUCCCGUUGCGCCAGAAGCGGUUUAGUCAUGCUGGCCACAUGACCCGAAAAGCUGUCUGUGGACAAACGCUGGCUCCCUCGGCCUGAAAAGCGAGAUGAGUGCCGCACCCCAUAGUCGCCUUUGACUGGAUUUAACUGUCCAGGAGUCCUUUACCUUCACCUUAAUUGAUGGUUGUAGGUUGGAUCAAAGUAACAGCUUCUUUGCUGGUAGAUGUGGAUGAAAAAGCUACAGUUGAAAAAUGUGUUUUUCAUUGUUGCCAAAAAGUGUAUAUGUAUAUGUGUGGGUUAAUGAACAACUGGAUUAGGGGGUGAAGCAAAAUAGGGGUCUUUCACACACAAAAAUAUUUAAGUGAAAUUUGUCUCUGGUGCAAUAUGAGCAGGGGCUGGAAGUUUCAGGCAGCUUGAUCCUUAAAGAAUUUACACUGGUAAGUCUUGGACCCAUGCCAAUGCAAAAAUUUGAGGCUCAGAGCUUAGGCUGCUAAUCACGUUGGCUGUUACUUGCAGGUUAAAUUUUACUCUUAAUGCUAUCGCUUUCAGCAACAGUUCAACAACAUAAAGUGUUCUUGAGCAUCCCUCUUGAGCAUCCCUGAUUUCCCGCCCCCCUUUUUAUCUCAUUACUUCUCUUACUCAGAAGGUCCAUGAUUUCAUUUGUUUGGUGGUGUUCGUUACUGAGGUUCAGUCUUAACCAUUGCCAUUAUAUUUUGGAAUGAUAGCAAACCCCAUAACACUGCUCUUCCAUAAAUGACAUUAAGAAGCCUAUCUUCCUUUGAUACAAUGAAUUGUCAUCCUACUCCCUUCCACAAAUCUUGUUCCCAUUUUUAGAAAUGAAAUGACAGAUUAUUCCUUUACAUCCUGCUCAAGAAAAGCAUGUUGUCUUUUCAGUCCCACUUACCAUUUCCCUUGUUCUCAUGCAUGGCUAAUUCUGAAAGAACUCAUUCCCAUGUGUGGAAUUCUGUGGACAGGUUUUAAGGAGGUCAUUCUUUUAGGCAUUUUGCUUGAAGGUUACUGUCCCUGUCCCAAGAGUCAGAGAGGGUGGUCUAACACAUCUAAUUGUGCAUCUGUGACUGUGGCAGGUUGAAGAUUUACCCUUUUAGGCUUGUGAUUAAUAUUCUCUAGGAGGCUUGUACAGCUUCACUGAAGCUGUCUAAUGAGCCUCCCCUUUUGCCCUUCAUCUGCAUAAAUUAUUCUUUAUCUUACCAGGCUGCCGACACACUUGCUGUAAGACAAAAAAGGCGGAUCUACGACAUCACCAAUGUUUUGGAAGGGAUAGAUCUCAUAGAAAAAAAGUCAAAAAACAGCAUCCAGUGGAAGUAAGAUAACUGAUUUUUAAUUUUCUUACAUAGAAAUACAGAAUGCUGUUUUCCUUCACAGAUGAAUGUUAUCAUUGUUAGGUAUUUAUGUAAUGAAAAUAAGGUAUAUAUGUAAUUAAAACAAUGUAUGUCAGCAAUACCAGCUUUUGUAUUCUCUGCAGACACUAGUCUCCAAGCAGUUGUUUGUCAGGACCUGAAAGUAUAUUUUGCCACAAAUGCAAACCCUUUCAUUGGUGGUCAGGCAACAGAGGCUCCACAGUUCAGCAGAAAAUCACACAUGAAAACCCAAAAAAGAGAUGGAUUGUCUCUCUUGUGCGCAACCUUUGAAUGCCUUCCUACUCAUAUCAUACAGAAUCAAAAUGCAAUUUAAACUUAAUUGAUAUUACACUAUUUAUAGAAUUAAUUUUUUUGCUGCUAUGAUAUCUUUUCUACUUUUGCCUUUUUGUUACUCAUUUACAGUAGCAUUGAAUUUUUUUGCGCUCUCUUAAGAGGUGUAGGUGCUGGUUGCAAUACGAAGGAAGUCGUAGAUAGACUGAGGUACCUUGAAGCAGAAAUUGAAGAAUUGGAGCUAAAAGAAAAGGAGCUGGAUCAGCAGAAACUGUGGUUACAGCAAAGCAUAAAAAAUGUCAAGGAAGAUUCCACAAAUAAAUGAUAUCCUUUGAAACAUGCUGUGUAAUUCUUGCAGAUGGAAUUAUUGCUGCUGUGCCUUUGUGAAACACAGAAAAUGGAGAUGGAAUAAGUGAUGGGCAUUUUCUCAAAUGGGAGUUUUGAGGGGUUUGACAACAGUUGAUACUAAUUUUUGUCUGCUAUUCAAAAUGAGUUGUGGGAACAUAGACCUUUAGUGGAUUAAUAAGGGAAGUGAAAUGCCCAUCAGGAGGCAAAAUUCCAUACAUGGCCAUUAGCUUAGCAUUAGCUACCAGUUGGAUCCCAUUCAAUGUUUACACAGAAGUCUCGUAUUCACAGGUGCUGUUUCAAGAAUGGAAAGCAUUCUCAUACAAGGCAGUGCUUCCUUUUUCAUUUACUCCCCCACUGCUGCAGCCCUCUGUACCAUAUUGCAUCUUGGUCCAGAUCGUCCCUCAUCCACCGAGUCCUUUUUUGAGGCAGCAGUGAACUGGGUGACUUGUCUGAACAGAAUUUUUUUUUUCCAUUCAUGCAACAGCACCUUUGGAUUCAGGCUAAUGGGACUUUUUAAUACCCAAGAUAUAAAAUGGGCAGAGGCUGCUUUUUGCUAAACAACUUAGAGCUGCUUUCUUACAAUCAAAUGGUAUAUAAAUUUUGUUUAAUAAUUAAAAUGAAUGUGUUUUUAACUAUGCAAUUUCAGUUACUAGUCCAGGGUAUGACAGGCAAAAUAUUGAAACAGAACUACCUAACUAGCCUGGUAAAUUUCCUAAAACGUACUUGAAAAAGGUCAGCAGUAUCAUGUUAUUUUGAAACUUUCCUUGACACAGACCACUUUUUCAUACAUCACUCAUGAAGACAUUUGUGACUGCUUCAACGGUAAGUUGCUGAGAAGUUUGACAUGUUUGUUAAAUGGUGUCAGGAGAAAACCCAGUUGUGUUCACUAUAUGGUCCUCUUAUCAGCUAGUGCUAAAGUUAUUAGCCAUGCUGGCUGUGGUUUAUGAGAGUUGCAGCUUCACAACACCUGGGGAGCUGCAUAUUCUCUGCCCCUGCUUUAGGUAGACCUGGACUUCAGCUACAAUCCUAAAACACGAGAAAGUAAGCCCUGUGUGAAUACAGUGGCCCUUGAUUUCAGAGUAAAUGUGCUAAAGCAAAGAUAGCACCAGAUUUUUGUGUGCAAUAGGGGUGGGAAAAUAAAGCUGGUAGAAUAUGGGGAAGUGAAAUGGCCAGUUUACGAUCACUUAAGACUUUCUUCCAUUAAAAACAUGAUUUCUCUUUAUACAGUGUAGCCAUCCUGUACUGUUUUUCCCCACACUGAAAUAUAGCAUAUCUUAUUUGAUCAUGUAACCCUUUGCAAGUAUGCUGAAUUUUAUUUUGUAUAUUUAUUCUGACAUGUUUUCAUGACCCAUUGGCCAUGUCCUUCAGCCAGUACAAAACAAAACAACAAAACAAAACCUCCCUGUAUACUAUCCAGGAAUGUGUGUGCAUGCAUUCAGCUUAACACUUGACAAUUACUCCACAAUCAGGGGAUACACUACUAGCAAUUCAGGCUCCUUCUGGCACACAGUUAGAAGUUCCUGUACCUCAUAUGGUAUGUAUAAACAGCUCUUUUAAUCUGUGUGGUUAGCAAAUAUUAAUAAUUCCUUUUAAAAAAAAGUUUUGGACUCAAGUAGUGUAUAUGUUCUAACUGGGGCUUGUGCUUACAGAAUAAACUUGCUAAAUUAAUAGCAAAGAAUAGUAUACCUAGUUUGUGUUCUCAUCUGUUAUUUUUUUAUGUUUCUUUGAAACAUGCAGCAUUCAUCACUUCAACUAUUAAAUUACCGAUAGUUAUUUAUGCUGAGUCUGAGUGAAACAUAUUUACACAAUAGAGGUUUGGGGUUUUUUUUUAGAAUUUCCAGGAGGAAAUACUUGCUCCACAUUUUUAGUUUCAAGUUUCCUUUGCUGCUACAAAAGUCAUACAAAUAGCUUUUUGUCGCAGUUGGAAGGAGGAAAUUGACCACUAUUCCAAAUGAGUGUUCACAUCCUGAUCCAAGAGAGAAUUAGUGAGUGGUGCCAUCUAAAUUUCCAAUAAACCCAGAACAUUACCUUCUGAAUGGUUUGAAUUUGGCACUAUUUGAAGCCAUGACUUUGCCUGUCCCUCACCUGAUGUCAUAUGACACCAGGAGAAGGAUAGGUGGUUGCAGCUUGGCUCAAAUGACUUCAUGCGCCAAAUGGGAAGCUCUGGCGGUCCUGGUUAGGCUCGGGGGCCAGAGGUUUCGCAUCACUAGUAUAAAGCAAAAGCAUUAUCACUACAGGCAGCAGCAACAUUCACUGAAAUUUUGAUGCAGUUCUGAGACAGGAUGCGCGUUCAGUGUGCAAUUAGCUUCCAAACAGCUUGACCAUGUGAAGAUAUGUUGGGUUAUGAUGUAGAUUAGAGGUGAGGAGGUAUACUUGUGUACUUGUAUUGUCGUUCUUUAUGAUUUCAACUUCUCAACUAGCACAUUCUCAUCUGUUCAGUACACAGCUUUCACCUGCAUUUUUUUUUUACUUGUCCCGUUUGUUUUUUUUACUUCAGUCCAGUUUGCCUUAAUUGCUAAGCCUACUGCCAUAAAGGAUGGUGACUUUACCUUUUAACUUUGCUUCCUUUCUAAAGAGACAAAACAAAUACCAGAUCAAUCUGAAGAGUCAUUUGGGGCCUAUCCAUGUGCUGCUUAUAAACAAAGAGUCCAGUUUGUCAAAGCCAGUGGUUUUUCCGGUACCUCCUCCAGAUGACCUCAUGCAACCUCCAUCUCAGUUGCCAGCUCCAUUGAUUUCUCCUAAAGUGAAUGUAGAUCCUCAAAAGUUGGAGUCUAGAGAUCCUCCUCAUCAGGGUCAAUCCCUUCCACGGAUACCACCAGUCACAGAUAUAUCAGCAGGUAGUGAUUUCCCCUUUUCUCAAUUAGCAGCAAAUUAAAAAUAUAAAGGGGGGGCAGGUUGAGCUAAGGAUUUGUGGGUGGAAGACAAUGCUUACAUGUGAGUGUUCUAAAAUCUAGCAGCAAAACCCAUGUAUUAAGAAUUAGUUAGACAUAUUUUUGCUAUUCCCAUUAGCAUCACUAAAAGCAAGUGCAUGCCAAUAUUAAAAUGUGAGCUUGUUUGUCCCUGUAUCAGAAAUCUUGUGUUCCAGAAAUUUGCUUUGAACUAAUACUGUUGAUUUCUAAUGUGAACUUUCCCACCCUGUAGACAUCAGUUUGCAGGAGAGCCAGACUCCUGAAACUGUGUAUGAUGACAUUCCAGAUUCUGAGCUGUAUAACAGCCUUAUAACAGAAACUACACCUAGCUCAAAUACCUGCCAGUCCUUCCUUCCGCUGGACGUAAACAGUAUUCUGAAGCCGAAUGCGUUUGACAUUGCAAAGAUGGAUGAGCCUGGAGGUAAAUUACAUACUUCGUUUGAUUAUAACUUUGAAGGGGGGGAGGACAGUUGCUGGUGUCCUGAAGCGUAAAACAGGAAAAGAAAGCAGCCCAGUGCUAUUUGGUGACAAUGUUGAGCUGUGGGAUUUUUAUUUUUUUACUGUCUUAACAUUGGCUGUAUUUCGAGGAGAGUAUCUUUGCUUUUGUAGUUGUUUUGUGAGGUGCUGAAGCAGAUGUUCAAAAGGUUUUGGUGGAAAUGGUAUGGGAUGAUAAGAGUUGUAAUCCAGAGUAUAUGGAGGGCACCAGUUUGGGGAAGGCUGACUGUACAUAAAAACUAAGCAUGUUUUAUUAUGAAAAUACUAUAAAGGAGUACUUGAUUGUCUCCUAGCUACCCCUCCAGGGUAGGCUAAACAGGAGGUGUGCAUGGUAAUUUACAAAAUACUCUUCAUAACUGACCUGGCAUUUUGUUUUGCAAUUUUCUGAAUCCUGUAACUUGAGAAUCAUGCUGGGUGUUAAGCCAAUCUGUAUUUCCAUUUCACUAGAGAUACCAAAGAGUAGACUAUAGUGGGAGCUCUACUUACGUUCACCUUCGGUUACGUAUCCUUCGGGAUACGCACGCAGCAAACCCGUAAGUAUUUUUCCGGGUUUCGCCGUGCACGCAUGCGCAGAAGCGGCACUUCCAGUUGUGAAUUCCUUGGGAGCCAACCAGAGCUCCAGAACGGAUCCUGUUCGCAACCGGAGGUACCACUGUACAUGAAAUAUUAAAAGACCAUGGAAAAUUUCAGGAGCCUUAAAUACCUGUAGCUAGCUAACUCGUUUACUUGACUAACCGCACAUGCCAACUGGAAAUAUAAAAGCCUCAUAACGUUUUUUAGCCAAUUUGAUCUUAUUGUCUAUGUGGAUAGCCAUGAAUUUGCUUUUUGUGUUCGUAGGAAUAAUUAACAGCGAUAUCAUUGAUGAAUUGAUGUCCUCUGAUGGUAAGUUUAUGUUCUCAUUGUCUCAUCCUUCUUUACAAAGCGUGAUGUCUCUGCUUCACUAGUUAACAGUUCCCUGCAAAUGCCAGCUCAGCAUCCCUUUGCUAGAGUUUUAGGUGGACAUAUACUUGAAGCAGUUAGAUUUCAUGAUUCUUUUACCCUGUUCGAGUUUAGAGCAUGUGGGCAUUCUGCUGCCUGCAGUUAACAAAGCAGUGAGUUUCCCUAACUUUAGUACGUAUGCCCUCCUCCAAUCUUUCAUUAUAAACAAUGCUGGGGUGACACUACUGGGACACUCCUUAGGAAUGCAAGAAAUAUGUGAACAAAGUCAAACAAAUUAUCAUUUUUAUUUCCAUUUGCCUGUGCAAAACUCCUAACAAAAUAAGGAAAGGGUGGAAGACUGCAGUUUGCUUUUAAAAUUAUUUCUGCCCACAAUUUUAACCACAGCCCUCUUUAGGGUCCAAAGUAUAUUUUAUACUGUAGUUCCCACUUUCUUAAAUAUGUAGCAUCAUCAACACAAUCCUCUGUGUGUUUACUCAGAAGUAAGUCCUGCUGAUUUCAAUGGGGUUUACUGUCUGAAAAGUUUGCAUAAGAGUGUAGCUUUAGAUUGUGUUGUUCAUAUGACACAUUCUAGAAUAAUUGUUGGAUGAGUAAUAUAGCAAGUUGAAUGGCACUACUCAGAAGCACUAAGAUUUACAUUGAGUAAAUCAGACCAGCAAACAGCUGGGAGAUUAGCUCACUGAAAACACCAGGCAACCACCCAUAGCCUCCAGAUUUUAAUACUAAUUCCAGACUCCCAGGAUUCAUCAGGGUUAAUUGAAACAGCAUCCUUUUAUUGCAGACUCUGAAUGAGCAGAUCACCCAUUGUACUAAUCUAAUUGAGUGUGUUUUCAUAAUAAUGGCAGGGGAACCUAUAGCUGACAGCCUUUCCCACUUGCAAAUUGUUACCUGUGAAUUACUGCAACAUGCUGUUUGCAGAAUUAUUCAGCAGCUUACCCACCAGCCUUCAAAGGUCAGGAUGGUAUGCUUGAGUUUCUCACUUUAGCCUGAGAUAAAUUAUGACUUUCUCACAAUCACCCAACAAAUCUGGUUUCCUACGCUCUAAGAGUGUCAUCUGUUCUGCAAGGAUGAAGUUGGAUCAUCAUAAAUUGUUGCAUGAGCAGUCUACAAACAUGUACAUUUGAAGCAGACUUUUACUCCUCCAGUUUUACUCCUCCUCUUGCUAGUAGUUUCCCCCUGUCCAAAGCUUCAUUUUGUUUUACACUUCACACAUGGGAUUGAAUCCUGACUAGCACACUGGUUGAACUUGAGGCCUAUUGGAAUUAGUGAAGCUAAAAUUUAACAAUUUUAGUCAAGAUUCGACCCAUGAUGCCCCUGUGUCAAUACAGGAAGAUUGUUGAACAUGAAUCUCAAACUAAACUCACCAGGAGAAUGUCCCUUAUGAAAUGCUUCAGCAGACUCUGCCCGAGUUUUCUUUUUGCACAAUCCAAAAAGUGUCAUGUUCCAACACUAAUAAUUGCCAGUGGUGCAUGAACUGCAUUGCAAAAUAAAUCUUUGCUCUGCCAAAUUGUGUACAAGGAGUCUGUACCAGCAGCAUGCCUGGUCCAAGCUUUCCCCACAAAUUUCUCAAAUGCCAUAUAUAGUGUUUUUCCCUUUUGAAUUUGCCCAUGAAUUAGGAGGAUGUGGGGGCUUUCCACCACCAAAUCAGCUUUAGGUUGUCCCACUAUCCCCUAUAAUAAUUAAGCUUCCUUUUGGAUUAAGUUUUCUCUCAAACAAAGAUGUUUCUGAUCUUUAGCAUCUCGGUGAAAUUGUUUUGCACUUCAGCUGUAAAUAAAAAAUAAAUGUUCUCAGUCAUAACUUUUUUCCGAAUGAAGCAAGCAAAUUCAACAACUGCUUUCUUUGUAACCUUGUUGUGUAACAUUAACAAGCCAACAAAGAAAUUUUAAUUUUAUAAUUGUGGUCGAUAGGCUUUUUUAAAAAUGGUUGCUUCACUUCAGUGCACUUGCUGUUUCAGAGGCCCACAAUUUUAGCCCACCUGUUCAGAAAAAUGACUUAGCCCCCUUCUAUAUGUGCACCAUAUGGAUGGGAGUCUUCAUCUUAAAUAACUCGUGCAACGUCUCUGCUGUUGCCUGAAGACCAUUGCAUCUCAUGUCUUUUUGAUUCCAUCAGAGGCGUUCCAGUUGCUUUUUCCAAACUGUAUAAGCUGGUUGUGAGCUGUCCCUUCCGCUUCAUACCUGAGGGGGUGGGGAAAAUACAAUUUAACACUUCUACAUUUUCAGUACAAUAAAUGCAGUGCGCCUUAACAGCCUUCCGGGAUGUUGGGUGAAUGUGGCAGCAAUGAUAAUGGUUUUGGAGGCCGGGAGAAUAAUAAUGCCAAUUCAGAACUAGGCAUCAGGAUAGUUAUGUGUUCAUUUGCAAAGGACUGGUACUGUAGCUGUGUGACACAAACUUUGCUUAAAUUGAUAUUUCUUUUCCCCUCUGCAGUCUUCCCCCUCUUACGGCUCUCUCCUACUCCUGGAGAUGACUACAACUUCAACCUGGAUGAUAACGAAGGAGUCUGUGACCUCUUUGAUGUGCAGAUACUGAACUACUAGAUUUGAUGCAGCCAGAUUGCCUCAUCUACCUCUAACGAUAUAAUAUUGUAGACUUAAUUUCAUAACACAAGUAUUUAAAAUAAUGAAUGUAAAACUUCUGUAGUUCACCAACGCGGGGUGUACAUUCUUCCUUGUACUUCAUUAUUUUGAUCAACUUAUAAACUCAGUAAAACAGAAGCUUCCUUUUACUGCAGUGCAGGGAAUGGUGUUCCUAGAGAUGUUACAGUAGCUUAAUACAGUUACUUGAAAGCCCCAGUUCUUUUUAAUUUGUUCUUUAGGAACCAAAGUUUCAUAAGCCCAACUCUGCUUCCUGUACAACUCCAGACUGCUGCGUUUUAUACACCUGGAAAUCCUCUACAAUCAUUCCAGAAUUCUGACCUUUUAUGUCUUAAAACUUCCACUGCCAAUUGUAGAAUGAAGGGCAUUAACUAGUUUAUGCUACAUUGUUUCAGUGAACACUUUUGUGGAGUGCCUUUUUAAUUAGCACUUUAUUUUGUUCUCUGUUUUUUACUUCUGACAUUCCACAUUCCUAGAUUUAGGAAAGCACUAUUUGUAGUUUGUAUUAAAAGAGUGCCAAUGCUUGUACAUUAACAAGAUUUUU